AAAGGGCGUCGUGGAUGGCAUUGGCAUGUUGCUAUCUAGCGCACCAACAAAGCUGGCCCGAGUUCAAAUUCUAGGAGAGCGAAAAUCAUAAGACGAGAGAACACAAACGGUGUAGCUUGUAGCAAAAUCAAAAAGGAAUUCUGGUGUUAGACUCUUUCGAAGUAGAGCUGCGAAAUUUUAGAUAAAAAAAGAGAAGCCAGCCUCGAGGAACGAACAGCAAAAUUACAACACCUCUCCUCCAAUUUUCCAAAGUAAGACAUCCUUAGUGAGUACCAGUGACAGACUAACGACCUUGGUCAAAGAACAAAGAAUGAGUUAUACCAAAGAUGAAUGCUGAAUAACGUUAACGUCAACGGCUAUAGAGAACACGAUACUGACAUUGGUUAUAACGCAAGUUGCUUUUGCGAAAUGUAAUCAAGGGGCCAGAUUCUAUUAGGUAUUGAAGACUUCCUCAGACAAAGGAUGCCGGUCCCGUCUCGCAAACCAGAAACCGCGUUUGGCGGUCCCGAAGGAAAGCGGCUGCGACCGGUGCAGACCGAAGAGGAGGGGAUGGCGGUACUUGAUUAUAUGAUUACUUUUGGUUUCUCGUCGUGGUGAUUGUCAGUUCUUUAGUGCCUCUAGUAGUGAAGGAUACACGAAUUAGUCGACCAGACUACUUGUAGAUGAGGCAAGGAGUGCAGGGGGAAAGUAACCAAAUAGCUACUCCAGAUCAUGCAGGAUUUAGAACAGAGAGUCCGAUAGCUACUCCAGAUCAUGCAGGGAGUAGAACAGAGAGUCCGAUGGCUACUCCAGAUCAUGCAGGGAUUAGAACAGAGAGUCCGAUGGCUACUCCAGAUCAUACCGGGAUUAGAGCAGAGAGGCCGAUAGCUACUCCAGAUCAUGCAGGGAUUAGAACAGAGAGUCCGAUAGCUACUCCAGAUCAUGCAGGGAUUAGAACAGAGAGUCCGAUAGCUAUUCCAGAUCAUGCAGGGAUUAGAACAGAGAGUCCGAUAGCUACUCCAGAUCAUGCAGGGAGUAGAACAGAGAGCCCGAUGGCUACUCCAGAUCAUGUAAGUGGAAUACAUCUAACAGAGUCCGAUAGCUAUUCCAGAUCUAGGGCAACUGUCGAACAAUAAUAGAAGGGCUUGUGCAGAAUGGAUCCCAAAAUUGACGAUAUGAUAUACUGGAAUUGCUACACGACAGUCAAGAACCUCCAACUCCAAGAUCCAAUUAAUUCUGUCGCAUAUAAGAUCCACCCUGACCACGUAGGAAUCUAUGUAUUAGUACAUAAACGUUAACGUUUUAGUUCUACAAGAUGAAGGUAGGUACGUUGGCAGGGAGAUCCUAGGAAUUUACCAUGCAGCGUCCUCUGAGUUGCAGUCUUAUUGUGCAUGUAGAUCUUCUUCUUGGUACCAAAAAAGUGUUCAGUCACGAUCAUGAAGAUCAGGACCUGCUCUCGCAGACUAAAUAAUGAAGCACUGGCUUUCAUGAUCUGCAGAAAUAUCUUCAUCUUCUGUGUGAUUUUCGUGACCAUUCAAACUCUAAUAUUGUGAUUUUCCUCUUCCAAAAACAGAGGUGGUGGGAGUUGAAAAGAUUAGGGAUGGAAGGACGAUAAUUACUCAACAUCUUAUGUACUUGCAUCCUACCUGCACCUUGUCUCAGCAAGAACGAGACCUGUCGUCCUCACAAAAGCUUUUUACAUCAAUUAUCUGAUGGAAUUGGAAUGAAUAUUUUUAAUUAAAUAAAUACAAAUCUCUCAUUGGAAUCGGUGCAAAUCCCAAGGUAGCUUUCGAAAUUUUGGCAAUUGCAUCCCCUAGCAGAGCAGAAACUGCCAAUCAGCGAACUGCAACAAGGUCUUUGGACAGCCUACAUGGCGGUGCAGCUGCAGCUUUUCAGGACCAAGGAAGAGAUGCAAACCACGACGCGGUUAAAGACGUACUAGAUUUUCAGCAUAGUACAACGGCUACUGGUGCUAGUAGAGAAGAUCAUACCUCGACUCCUGCACAAGGACAAGCCGUUUUUGAAGGCUUUUAUUCGUCUACUAGCACAGCCGCUAAUAUUAACACUCCAUUUCCGCUCGUUGUACCAAUACCAAUAGCAGCAGAACAAGAGCCACUUCCUGACGAUCUAGAAGGUCUUCUUGACGAUUUACCAGAAGGCGAAGAAGUAGAAGCACUAAUAAGAGAGCCACAUCACACUAGCACUGCUUGUGCUUCAAGUGAUAAAAUGGUGUCUAGUAAAGCCAAAGAUCUUCGUUCUACUGCUACCGGGGACGGGAACCACGACCUAGCGGUUGACGCCCGGUCGGCUAAGAAGAGAAAGCGUUCUACAAGUGCGGAGAGGAAAAGAAGGCAGCAAUUUCUUCGUCGAGAGGCGCUAGAUGAGACUAGAAUACCACUCGCGGAGGGCGACGAGCUCACAGUUUUCGGUGAGAGCGACUUGAGCUAUCAAAAUUUAGACGGCGUCGUCGGAGCUGACUCGGAUGGCACAGCGUCUGGUGCAGCAGCUGUGAAAACUACUACAGACAAGGAGAAGGUGGUAGAAGCUUCAGUAAGAGAGUCUUCAAAGGAUAGUGAGAAAGAAAAUGAGAUGCAAAGGCCAUCAGAAGAUGCGAGCGCAGCUACUGCUUCAUCAAGUAUUAAGGAUACGCCUACUGUACUAGCAGCGUCUUGUUCUUCGAGUAGUGCUAGCGGCGUAAGCGGACACAAUGACGUUGCAGCUACUAAGAAUGACAUAUCGUCAACAGAUUCUACAACGAGUACUGGUAGCAAUUCUAGUUCAACGUCACCAAAGCAAAGUGAUGAGGACACGGCUACGACUGAAGAAGGGACGAGCACUAGUAGCAAAAAGAAGGAAGCACAAUCAUCACCACAAGCAAAAGUUUCCUCAACUUCUUCAGCGAGCUCCUCUUCAUCUUCGACUGGAGAACAGAAGAAGCAAGAGCAAGAGGAUGAUGAUGGUGUUGCAGAAGAAAAGAAAGUAGAGAAGGAGUCAUCCUCACUUAGAGAAGAAAACGCGGAAACAGGAGACGCAGCAAAGCCUAGUACAACAAUAACAUUCAAGAAGGUGGAGGAGCUUCUUUCAAAGGAAGGUAACGCCUUUCGCGCUCCAAAGGAGGUCUACGAGCGUGGAAAAAAAUGCCGCGACUUUGUUGAUUCCAUGUUGAAGCGGUGCUUGGCAGUGGUCGGUCGGCCGUACCAGAUGCAGGUCCACAGCGUCGCUUUAGGACCAGAACGCGACAUCAUCCGACUGCUCAAAUACGCGCAUCACAUCGUUAGUGACCAGCCAAUGUUCCUAGAGCUGGAAGCGCCAAUCAACGUGAUCGGCGAUAUCCACGGCCAAUACGGGGAUUUGCUCCAGCAUUUUGAGCAAAAUGGCUUUCCUCCGAAAUCUAAUUAUCUGCUCUUAGGCGACUACGUCGACCGAGGCCAGCAGAGUCUCGAGACUAUGUGUCUCUUGCUUUGCUACAAGAUCAAGUAUCCGGAGAAUUUCUUUAUCCUACGCGGAAACCACGAGUGCACACACAUCAGCAGAUUGUACGGCUUUCAUGACGAAUGCAAGAGGAAAUAUUCAGUGAAGUUGUGGAAAGAAUUUACGCAGUUCUUCAAUUGGCUUCCGAUCGCGGCCACUGUGGGAGGGAGGAUAUUCUGCGCGCAUGGUAAGUACGUGUUUGAAAACAUUGGAAAACAACAUUGAAGACUUCUCCCAACAUGUUCUUGGCUGUGAUUUUUCGGAUAUUAUUUUUACAUACAGUAAGAGCUUCCGCUUCGUAUCUGAAUAAGGUGUAUGAAGUGAAGUAUAUUGAUAUCAUUCUUUGUUUCAACAUCGAUUACUCAAAACAUCAUCAUCACACAACAGGUGGUCUCUCGACCGAGUUCUUUACGCAACGCGACGACGUCUGUGUGAACAAUCCCGAUAGCGAGGCAGAAGACUCAGAGGAGGAUGACGAGGAGUUGCUAGAACUGAGCAGGAAAAAUGACGAAUUAGUCUGCGAAUCCGCGACUGCUGCGGAGAUGAGCGCCAUGCUGAGGUCAGCACGCGCUGAAGACGACGAGCCGGUUUUUCUUCCUGUGUGGCCUACGAGUCCGAUUAGUUCGGAUAGCGGCUCCAGCGCCUCUGCAGGUAGCAAUGCAUCAAACAAUUCUGCUGCAUCGAACAGUGUGUCAAGUAACGGCACAGGCCCAGGAGAUAGUCCUAGUGCUGCUUCUCCGUCAGGGAAAGAGGGUGAACCGAAAGAGGGUGGCAGAGCAUCUUCAUCUUCGAGAAAAUCAAGUAAGAAGCGAACAAAGAAAAAGCGUUCACCGAAACAGCAGCUGGUCGAUCAUAUCAACGAGCUUUUAGCAUCAACAGAAGGCGAAGAGGGAAAAAAAGAUACAACUGCUGGCUCUAGUGCUGAAGACAAAUCUUCAGGUUCAUCAAGUAGUAGUGCAAGUGUCUCAAAAGAUGAAGACGCUCCUAUUGCUUCUGACGACGAAGCUAAGGACCUACCCUUGCCUGAAGGCUGGAUUGCGAUGGCAUCCGAAGUCUUACCUGGCCACACCUUUUAUCGAAACGAGAAGACGGGUCAGGUUUCAGUGAAACAUCCAGCGCUGCCGAAGAAGGAUGAGGGGUCUUCCUCUUCCAGUGCUUCUAGCUCGGACUCGACGAAAGAUUCAGAGGCAGCACCUCAAGAUGCAACCACAUCAUCUGCUGCAGCCGCGACGACUGCAGCACCUGCACGUGGUGCAGAAGCUUCUUCGUCUUCUAGCGCUGCAUCGCCCAUCUCCUCAGCAGUUGCUGUUCCUGUCUCUCCAGCCCCUUCCUCUUCAUCCUCUACAGUUGCUGACAGCUACUCAGGCUGUCUAGUCAAUCGGGGAGAAAACCUGAGUGAGCAGAGAAUAGCGAAUGCCAUCAAAAGUAGACUAAGAAAGAAGGAGAUAACAAUAGAGGAAGCACGCGCACUAGUCGAAAGGUUACGAGACGAGCGUGGAUUGGUGCUGGAGACUGGCCUAGAGCAGAUCUUGGACGAUCCAACAUCGCCCUCUACUUCUUCGACUUCAGGAAAGAAAAAGAACCUUUCCGCGACUUUUUCCCCCAACACAUCCAUCGACCUCGACAAGACCAGUCCCUCCUCUUCUUCCUCCUCUAGUAAACAAGCUUCGUUGGAGCAGUAUGUUCCGUCUCCCAGAAACGCCUUAAGUAAGGUGAUGCGGACCAAACUCCCAAAUAGGCCAUGCGAAAUACCGGAAUACGGUCUCAUGUGUGACGUUCUUUGGUCGGAUCCUUCGCCUGCGGUGCCCUACUGGGGUUCAAACGAGAGAGGAGUAUCGUUCUGCUUUGGCGCAUCAGUCGUCGAUAGCUUCUGCAAAAAGUACUUAGACCUACAUUUACUACAACUCUCUGUUUUUGGAGUGCGAGUGUUCGCUCUGUUUUUGAGUGUUGAACUUGAAUAUCAAGUCCACUCUGGCGGAUGUAAGUGAUGUUGAUUUGUUGUUUGAGAGGCGCAGAUCUACAUACACGCCUAGCGUUAGAGUUUGCUACUCAUUUGCUUAAGCACUACACAAAUGCAGUCUAGUACCCAACUUCUUCCUCAACCAUUCAAUCCCGAUGUCUACGUCUACCUCGCUUCCCUCACCUCAGAUUCGGUAUCGACCUCGUUUGUCGCGCACAUCAAUGCGUUGAGAGCGGGUAUUGGUUUUUUGCUAGAAAGAAGCUGGUGACGAUCUUCUCAGCGCCUGACUACUGUGGGGAAAUGGACAACAACGGAGCUGUUCUUAGGGUUGACAAGUCACUAAGCUGCAAAUUCGAAGUGAUCACCUCUAGCCAAAGGAGGAAGCUAAUCAGAGGUAGUUCUAUGUAUAAAUAUUUUGCUGCUGAUCCUGAUGGAUCGAUAUGUUCAUCCAUCGUGAAAAUGAAAGCAUAUUUGAGGUCUGAUCUGCUGCUAGGAGUAGGUCUUUGUAUUCCCAUCAUGAUUACAACUUUUAUCAAACUUUGAUAUGAUCUCAAUCUCAAACCAACAUCCGAACAGAUGGUUUGCAGAUGAACCGGAGGGCAAAUUUAGACAAGCUUGUGAAAACCGGAGAACUGGAAUGGAUUCACAAUGAAGAAAAGCAGGCUGGAAAUCGAAAGAAGCGCCGCACAUGAAAAUGGAAUGAUCAGUGAGCGGCUUCAGGAUCAGCCAGGAUGAUCUACAACUACAUGCCCAACAGCAUUAUAUGUAAGCGUUCCCUACACCAAAUACAAGAGUAAGCAUUUCCUACAAAAGUAAGCCGCGUUAACGGUCCCUAUGAUAGCUUCAAUGACAUCACCAAUCUAUACCUGUAUCAGGGGUAUAUCUAUUGAUAAUUUUUUCAGCAGGUAAUAGAUUUGGGUCCAAGGUUAUUUGUUAGUUCUGUUAGUACUCCAUCUUCCAUUGUCUUGAGUAUAUAGUUACUAGUAUUCUGGCAAAUUGUUGCUGUUUCAGAAUCAACUCCAUCUAGAAACAGAGCAACAUCGUUGCCUUCUCAUUUUUUAAGGAGGUUGUUGUCCAGAAGUUUGAUCCUGUUCCACAUCACUGAAGACUAAGAGGCUACCAGCUGUACUUGCACCGUUUUACCAUGUGUCAUCGAACAAGAGAAUAUAGGCUCCCUCGUGAGGACUAUCUAUUAUGAUUUUCGCGUGGUUGCUUUUGUUGCUCUUAUCCUCUAAGGUGUGCAGUUUUUUUUACCACUUGCAUCCUCGUUAUCCUCAUUACAACCUGUCAAUACCCAGAUCCCGAAUACAAGGGUAAGACAAAACUCACAAAGAACUACCAAGAUCAAGAUGCCUCGUCCUCUCUUUUGCUUUUUAUGUGGCUUUUGCAGUUUAGUCAUUGCUUUCAUUCUGUUAGGUUGCACGCCGCCACGUUGGAAAGGGUUCCCACCUAGCAGUGUCACGCAUAAAGUCCUCCAAUCAACAUAUCUAGAGUUAUUGCAAAGUCUUCCAUGAUGAUGAACACAAUAAAUGGUCUUGAAGACUGAAAUGCAAUUGCAAUUAACGAACGAACACACAGGAGUGUUCCUCGGAAGGAACAGACUGUGACCGACUAAUGUGCCAUAGGAUUUAAUGCAAAUUUAAGCUGUACUAAUUCCGCUCCCCAUGCUGCCAGAAGCAGGCAUUUGCCUCAAU